AUGGUACUCGACCAAGUCCGCGUUUCUACGCGGCACACGCUUAACUGCGCCAAUGAUGCGACUAUCGCCACGCUCGAGUCUCCUUUUAGCCUAGGGCCAAUGGACCACACCGUGCCCGCCAGGUUGACUAUCGAGGCCAUCCUCGUCUACAAGAAACCAACAACGCUACCAGAUGACAACUUCCUUCCGGUUGAACGGUUGAAGGUGGCUGUAUCCCACCUCCUGGACUAUUAUCCACAUUUGACUGGCCGUCUUCGGCAGAAUACAGUCAGCCAAGCACCAGAAAUCGGUAAUCUGGGCACCGGCGCUGAGCUUUGGGAGGCAGAGUGCCCCAGAAGGCUCAGAAAUAUCGCCGCAUCUGCUCUUUCCGCCCGUAUCUUGGUAAGCAAACUGCCAGACUCUGGAAAUGCACUUUUACCUAUUUUCCAUGCGACAAAGGGGGCUACCUCCCACAAUCCCAUCUUCGCCAUCCAGCACACGCGGUUUCGCUGUGGAGGCGUCGCACUCGGCAUUCGAGUUCAUCACCUAGUCUGCGAUGCCACUGGGUUUAUGCAGCUCGUGCGCGACCUCGCUGAUAUCUACAGACAGCUGCGCGACUCUUCUCCGCCAACACUCAUCUCUCCCCCUGAAAUUAUCUCACACUUUCGAGGAACAAAUAGCCCAUCGGCCAGUCGGAAGGAGACAGCCCUUGCAUUCAAACCUCCAAACUUUUACCUAGACACAAGCACCACGAACACGCAUAAAGCUUUAGUCCCUCCCACUGUCAUCGCUUGCCAUCUGCGCUUUCAGGGUCAAGAUCUGAUCUCACUCAAAAAUGCUGCAACUGAUCCCAGCACCAAGGGAAAAACCUCAUUCACCACGUUCGAGGUCGUCUCGGCUUACCUUUACCAACGAAUUUACCAAGCGCGAAUUCGGAUUCUGCGUGGUGGGAGACUCACAUCCGACCUAGACUCACUACAGUCACUUCGUGGCUUUUGGAUAACUAUGGACAUGCGCGACUCCACCCGUCUGAAGCUCCCCGCACGCUACUUUCCAAAUGCCGUCCACUGUCUCACAACUUCCGCCUCGCACGAAUUACUUGCAAGGGGCGCGCUCUGGCAGGUUACUCGGGUGGUACAUGGUGCAGUUCGCUCGGUUGACAUGGAGGAGGUUAAGCGACAGUUUGAAUGGGUUGCCGCACAGCCCAACAAAAGUCAUGUCAAGUCCAAGAACAUGGUGCCAGAUGGUAGCUUCCUCGCUACCCAGUGGACGAGGGGUAAGACGUACAUUGGGGUUGACUUUGAAGUCGCCGCUAAUGGCAGGCGGGUUGCCCCCGAUCUGGUGUCGCCGGCUUUCAGUGAAAGCCAUAGGGUGGAUGGUUACGCAAUUAUCAUGUCAACCGAGGAGCAGUUGGCCCGACGCCAGAUUAACGGACAUUAUUUGGCUGGUCCCAGUCUGCCAUGUGCUGUUGAUGUUAAUUUAUCUCUGGAUAGCUCGGUAUGGGAUGUCCUCAACAGUGACACCGACUUCUUGGCUCUCCACUCCUAA